AUGGAGAGCGUGCAGCAGUUGAAUUCUCUCUCCCACUUUUGGUGCACGCUAACUUUGGGGAGUUAUUAUUUUCUUUUCAUAACCAACUCAUCAUCACGCAAACCUCUCAUCUUCUUCCCUUCUUCACGAAAACCAACUCAAUCCCUUACUCUCUUAGAAAUCGCUCAACUUCCACUCCUAUCAAACACAAAUUCCACUCCAUUACAAUCACUAUGUCAAACUCUGCAAAAUCAACUCCAAUCAGGACGAAGCUACUCGAUCUCAGUCUACAAUGGGUAUGGAUUCUCUCGUCGUCAACGCCAUUCCUAUUUCAGCAUACCACCUACAAGUCCUGCGAAAAAGGUGAAGAAAACCUCGAAGAAGGAGAAGACCUCGCAAGUAAGGCUUAACUCUUCAUCUCCCUCUGCUUCGAUUAAGAAAAAGAAGAGAAAAAAAUCGAAAUCUGAAUCGAAGAGGAGUUUCACAAUGUCUGAACUACAUGUAGAUCCACUUCCAUCGAGUGGUGUUGCUACUCCUGUCAUUAAUCCUGCAGAAGAAAAUGUUGACGCAUCUGGUAAGAAUUCUCUUAAUCAAGGCCUUGAUAUUCCAAAUUAUGUUGAAACCCUUGGUUUAAAGGACCCUGCUGUGUCUGAAAAAUUGGGGAAAAAUGUUCCUAAUCCCCCUACUACUGUUGAUGCUAAUAUUGGUGCUUCCACUGAGACCAAUAAUGUUGUUGCUACUGAGUCUCUCAAGAAAACAGGUCCUGAGCCUCAUGUUGCGUCAAGUGUUGUGACACCUGACGCUGAACCAAAUGUUGUGCCAGAUGUUACCACAUCUUUGGCACCAGAAAAUCUUGUGAAUUAUUUUGAGUCUGAUGAGAGUCCCCAACCUAAGUCUGCUGAUAAGGAGGAUUAUGAAAUCCCUUAUGUUGUAAUUGUAAAUGAAACAACUAUUAGUGAUAAGUCUGUUCCAACAAAUUCCGAGGCUAGUGUGGCUAGGAGGACUAGAAGCAGGGCUGGUAAAAGUGUAGAGAUUGUUAACACACCUGUCCAAACACCCAAACCAACUAGGGCUGCAAAAGGUACUGGUAAAAAGCCCCUAUAUGGACCUCCAAAACCUGUGAGUAAGGUGGUUCCUAGAACUGAGGAAAAGGGAAAAGCUAAGAAAUGGAAAGCUCCACCAACUAGUGACUCUGAGAGGUUGGCUCUAGAGAGGAAUCUGAAGGAAGACAUCCUCCAAUGCCAAAGUGUUGUUGAAGCUAUUGAAUAUGCAGCAAGUCCUGAAUAUAGGCAAGUUUUUGUUUGUGGGAAGUGUGUCAAAUUCUCACAAACUGUGAUUAAUCAAUAUUUGCAAAGGCAUACUGAAGAGGUGGCUAAUCUGAAGGUUACAGACAAUGAGGUCUGCAAGGUUAUCACAGGUGGCAAGGUGAAGGUCUGGCCUACUAAGGCUAUGUUGGCUGAAACCUCUCUCUCUCCUUUAUAUGCUAUUUUAAAUAGGGUUGCUGCACACAAUUGGGUGCCUACAACCCACUAA